GAAAGCCUAAAAAACUACGCCAGUCUGAAAAGCUGCAGCCUACAAAAUAGCCUAUUAGCAUGGAUUCCAGCGCCCCGACGCGUGACGACACGCCCAUGGAGUCCCCCGCCCGCAAUGACAGCGCCACCUGGAGCUUCGUGCAGAUGAACAUGACGCUGCUCCCCAUUGCGCGUCCUCUACCAGUUACUGUCGGCCACAGACUCCAGGAAGGAGCCGUGCUGGCAGGCGUAAAACCCUGCACUCCCACUCAGAAAUUACACCAUCGAUUACGGCAAAAGACGACCAAUAUCAGUCCCAGACGACACGAUCUAGACGGCAACAAUGUGCGCCCAGCAACCAUGACAUCUCCCUGCAAUCGGGGACUGCCUCCGACCCCCAGAUCGACGGGAUGUGGAGCCAAACGGAAACAUUUAGAAACGUGGCAUGUUCCUGCUAUUGAUACAUCGAUGCCCCCACCGUCAGUUAGUGCAUCGUUAAGAAUGCGGAGCCUGAGUGAAGACCUGUAUCCCUCUGGUUCUUGGAGUGAUAGUGGAUACUCCAGUGACCCGGCGAAGCGAACUCCAUCGAGCUACAGCCCACUACACCGAAGCUCCAGCUUAUCCUCGGGCUGUGCCGCCAAGGGGCUGUACAAGGGCAAAAGAAUUCUUGAGCUACAGGACGAAGAUCGCCGACUCCACCCGGAUGAUCGCAUCACGGCCCCGUCGCCGUCCAAGCGGAGCAAGCACCAGCCCUAAUUCAGUUGAUUGGGCUCCCUGCUGCUGCAUUGCUAUCGUUGUUUUACACUGCAAAUACUUUGAUGCAUGUCGUGCUUACAUUAUUUUAACUCUUAAAACAAGGACAUUAUCUAUUCUUCGUAAG